UACCGAUUUUAGAUUAUAACUAAAUCCAAUGAAGGAAAUUGUAGACUUAGUAAAUAUUUUGAGGGUUUGAUGGAGGGAUCAUUUAAAAGUCUAGCCUGUUUACCCUCGAACUGAGCUUGAUAAGUUUUAGCUGUGCUCAAUCCGAAUUUGUUUGCAAAUCCAUAAGCAGCAUCCAUGUUCCUUUUAUUGGGUUAACAAAAUCUUGAUCUCCUGAGUGAUAGAGAGGAAACAAAAAAUCAUUUUUUGAAAUGAAUUCAUGACUAGAAUCAAUGGUUUUAAUUGGUUAGAAUGACAAAACUAUGUGAAGCUAAUAUAAUAGAAAACUUCCUUAGAAUGAUCCUCACCCUGAGGAGUGUAUUACAUGUCUUGGAGAAUUCAUCUUCAAAAGAUGGAAUUAGCCUAGUGAUUCUGAAAGCCCUUUGCACUCAGCAAGUAUUGCAUGCUUUCAAAGGAGAGGGGGCUUUUGGACCAAGUUUUUCUUCAUCCACGGUCAAGAGAAUUUUUUUUAUCCACACAAAUAUUGGAUGCUUUCAAAGGAGAGGUGGAGAACAAAAUAAUUAAGAGAUCACCAUGGUGGUUGAGCCACUAAAUUUUCUGUUAACCAAACUUAUUCGCCUACUUAUCAGAUGACCAAACUUAUGAACAAAGUUAUGGGGGGAGACAAGGAGAAUCUUCUCCUUCUCAUGUUCAUGUGGGUCUCCCCUACCAUUUGCAGAUCUUGCACUUAAAAGGAUUCAGCUUCAUUGUUUCUCGCCCAAAACAUUUUAGUUAUUAGUGCAAGUACAUACUACGUACCCAUGGAGUACCAUAUGCUUUCUUGCCUGCACUGAUCUUCCACAAUUUGUCUACUUGCCUCUUCAUUACCCUUUGUAUAUAGUCCAAAUCCAAAUUUUAUUAUUUAAUGAAGAGACAAAAUGUAGGACAACACUACCGGUGUUCCUUUGCCUAGGAGACUAGGAGACAUGGGGCACCUAAUCCUUGUCUCAUAAAAUUUUGUACAAUGGUCUCAAUAUCAACCAUCACAUGCUCUCAUAAUAGAGAGGACAAAGGUCUAGGUUCUCCUUGUCUUCAUUGAUGAGGUUUUAUAGCUAUAUAUUUCAAACCAGUUGGUAGAUCUUCCUGCAGCAAACACAGGCCUUCUUCUUGCAAAGAUGGCUGGGUCUUCUGUGAUGUUGAAAGAUCAGUACCAUUUUCGCUCUAUUAGCUUACCAACAAAAUCACACCCCACAGCUCUCAGAGCCAAGGAGGAGUUGCAGAAGUUUGAUACUUGGAGGACAACAUUUUUUCCAAGGGCUGAGCUGAUUCUAAUUGCCUUGGAUGGCCACAAGAAGUUACAUGAAUGCGUGGAAGAUCUCUUUCAAUUGCCAAUCCUACAACUAGUCCACCUUCAAAACAAGAAAUGGGUAGAUGAGAUGUUGGAUGUAUCCAUUAGAUUAGUGGACAUGUGUGGCACUGCAAGGGAAAUGUUGCUGCAACUGAAAGAACGAGUGCAAAUCCUUCGCUCGGCGAUCCGAAGAAGAGGAGGCAAUUUAGAGAUGAUUCGAAGUGAAGUUGCUUCUUAUCUUUCCUUCAGGAAGAAGAUGAACAAGUAUAUCAUGAAUUGCCUCAAGUUGCUGAGGCGAAAACAUUACAAGGAUGAUGAAGAGCUCCAUGUAUCAGAAUUAACAAGGGUUCUAAGAGAAGCAAGAGUUGUCACCAUUUCCAUCUUCCACUCUCUCUAUUCCUUCAUGUCCAUGGCAAAACCAAAGUCUGGACAUGGUAGGUGGUCUUUGGUUUCAAAACUGAUUCAUAAGGGCCAAGUAGUAUGUGAAGGAGGACAGCAAAGUGCCUUGGGAGAGGUAGAACGUGUGGAUGUUACACUCCAAGUUCUCUGCCAGCACAUUACAAGCAAACAUGUCUCAACAGGGAGGUUGAUCACAAAGGCACAAAUUGAAUUGGAGGCAUUGGAAGGUAGCUUGCAAGGCCUUGAGGAUGGAUUAGAGUCCAUGUUUAGGCACUUAAUCCGAACUAGAGUCUCCCUUCUUAACUCCUCCACAUGUUAAUUAAGUGUUUCUCCUAUUAGUGAUUUUGAUUGAUCCUUGGCAUUCGUUUUUUAGAGGAUUUGUCUAUGGAUUUCACCUACCGAAGUUACAAUUCAUUGUACACUUCAAAUGAAAUACAAAGCAUAUUACAAGCCAAA